AACAUUCCAGUGAGUCUCCAAUAAUAUUCUUAACGUCCAGUGAACGUUCUGAACAUUCCGGUGACUUCCAUUAACGUUCUUAACACUCCGGUGAACUUCCGGCGAUACUCUGGCGACUUCCCGGUGAUAUUGAACAUUCUGAUGAGUCUCCGGUGAUCGUUUAACGGAAGUCCGACGGUAGUUUGAUGUAACAGUGUUUGUAAAUUUAAAAAAAAAUAUAUAUAGGAUAUUUUGGUCACAAUUAAAAAUACAUAGGACUAAUUGGUGCAAGUGUUUUAUUUGAGGAUUAGAUGGGUCUUGAACUUUGUAUAUGGGACUUAUUGGUAAGUUCCUCAAAAAUUUUUUUUGGGUGAAUAAGUUCCUCAAAAAUUAAACCAAGCCCUAGCCUUGAUUUCUAACAGAAAGAGGAGAAAAGGCUGAGAGAAGGCUGUAGGCAACUCGUUGCUCUUGCGAAGAGCGGGUAUGAUAUCAAACAAGUUUGCUCUAUCACGAUUUGGAAGGAGUCUCUCUUUUCAAUCUUGCUUCCCGGAAGCAAAGUCUGCAGAUGCUAAGUCUCCUGAGGACAAUGAUACUAGAAUAAGCAUUAAAUGCUCUUACAAUGAAUUGUAUAACGAGGACAACAUCUCGCCACACGAAGUUGACCGUGAGAUUUCACCAGCUUCCCAUAGUGGUAAACUCUCUGUUCCAGCAGUGCCACCAGAAAUAACUGAUUUAUACCCAUCGAUUUCCGACUCACAGAACUCUAAUCCCGGUGUUCAAGUGCUUCAAAUAGAUUCAAACUUGGCUACUGUUCGGCAAGUGGGAGGAAGUGGUACCCAUGUCAGUUUAAAUCAAUCCACGAGACAAAUUGAUCCUGGCUAUCCUCUGAUGAGUGAAAGCACUGACUUUGAGGCGGCAGAUAGCUUCACUAAUUUUCCACUAGCCACAGUGCCUUAUUCAGGUGGAAUUUCUGGGGAGAUAAAAGGCAGUGGUCGUAGAACAUAUGUCGUCCUAUAUUUAGCUGCCCUCAAAGGUGAUUGGGAAAUGGCCGAAGAUUUUCUGGAAUUUAAUCCACUAGCACUGCGUGCUAGGAUUACAAGGAAUUCAGAAACUGCUCUUCAUAUUGCAGCUGGGGCAAGACACACGAGGUUUGUAGAGGAGCUAGUAAAAUUGAUGAAACCAGAAGACUUGGCACUUCAGAACAAGGUAGGAAACACAGCACUUUGUUUUGCUGCUGCAUCCGGAAUCAGACAAAUUGCUGAAGUGAUGGUGAAUAAGAGUAAAACUUUGCCUUCAAUUAGAGGUAGUAGAGGAGCCCUGCCACUGUAUAUGGCUGCUUUGUUGGGACAUAGAGACAUGGUCUUGUAUCUCUACUCUGUGACGGAAAAAGAAAUCAUGACUGAGGAAGAUUGCAUUGGUCUACUUAUUGCUACUAUCACUGCCAAUUUAUUUGAUGUAGCUUUGAAUAUAAUUCAGCAGCACCCUGAAUUAGCUACGGCUCGGGAUGGAAAUGGGGACACAGCACUUCAUGUUUUAGCUCGAAAGCCGUCAGCCUUUCUGAGCGGAAAUCAGCUUACAGUCUGGCAGAGGUGCCUCUACUCAUUUCCAGGAUUCAAGGUGAUGUGUGACAAAAAGCUUAUGCAUACCCAAGCUGUGGAGCUCGUGAAGCGAUUGUGGGACCAGGUUCUGUUACUAGAUGACUCAAAAAUCGGGGAGUUAAUCAGGACUCCUUCUCGAUUAUUGUUUACCGCUGCUGAGUUGGGCAUUGUGGAGUUCAUUACUGUGCUUAUUCGAUCAUAUCCUGAUCUACUCUGGAAAGUUGAUGACCAAAGUCGAAGUAUAUUUCAUGUUGCGGUUGCACAUCGUCAGGAAAAGAUUUUCAACCUAAUAUAUGAGAUAGGUGCUCUAAAGGAUUUGAUUGCAGCUUACAAAGAUGAAAACAAUGUCAACAUGCUGCAUUUGGCUGGAAAGCUAGCUCCCUCAAAUCGACUCAAAACGGAUUCUGGUGCGGCUUUGCAACUGCGACGAGAGUUGCAAUGGUUCAAGGAAGUAGAAAAGAUUGUACAACCACUAUAUACAGAAAUGAAAGACUCGGAGGGAAGAACACCACAUAUUCUAUUUACGGAGGAGCACAAGGCCUUAAUGCGUGAAGGAGAGAAGUGGAUGAAGGAUACUGCGUCGUCAUGCAUGGUGGUUGCGACUCUCAUUGCCACGGUGAUGUUUGCAGCCGCCUUCACUGUCCCAGGCGGCAAUGACAACGACACUGGCCGGCCAAUUCUUUUAUCAGAAAUGUCAUUUAUGGUUUUCGCAAUUUCAGAUGCGCUAGCAUUAUUCUCAUCCGCUACUUCAUUACUGAUCUUCCUAUCAAUCCUCACCUCGCGCUAUGCUGAAGAAGAUUUUCUUGACUCGUUGCCCAGGAAGCUAAUUCUAGGGCUUGCGACCCUCUUUAUCUCCAUUGCCACCAUGAUGACAUCUUUUUGUGCCACCCUUUUUAUUGUUCUUGACGGCAAAUUGUCAUGGGUUGCUAUUCCAAUGGUGGUAGUCGCGUACAUUCCUGCAACAACUCUGUUUGCGUUGUUACAGUUUCCGCUUUUCGUGGAUAUGGUGAGUCAUACCUACAGGUCUGGCAUGAUCUUUCGGCCAAAAAAUCAUUUGUUGUAUUAGAUGAUGGCAGAAGAUUUUCAUUAUUGAGGUGAACAUUGAAAACUUUCUUUAGAUAGACCAUGGCCUUGUUUGGUAGAGUUUGUAGAGCUUCUUAUAUAUAUAUAUAUUGGGUAGUUUGUGCCAAGGUUUAGUGUAGUUUCUAUUUACAGUUUGUGUUUUUAAUUUCUACUUUUUAAUUAUCAAUUGUUAACUUGCAAGAAGUUGUAUUAAAGGGGCUCAUAUUUCAGGGUUAUUGUUUUUCGUUA